GCAUAAUAUCAUUGCACCUCCGCUAAUCAAAAAGGAUGCUAACAUUCUAGAAAGUGUCCAGAGACGAGCGACAAAAUGGGUGAUCGGCCUCCGCAACAAACCAUAUGAGGAACGACUAAAGAAAUUAGGUCUUUUCACACUUAGUUACCGUAGGCACAGGGGAGACCUCAUCACCGUCUACCAGAUCUUAAAUGACCAGGCCCACCCAAAUAAAAGCAUCCUGCCAUUAAGUGAUUAUAGGCUUCCACGAGGUAACCCGCUAAGGAUAGCACACCAGAGACCAAAGACUCGAGUGCGAUCACAUUUCUUUUCGCUUUGUGUUUGUCGUCUCUGGAACGCUUUACUGGCGGCCGUGACUACAGCGCCAUCUCCGGAGAUUUUUAAGCGGAAGCUAGACAAUCAUGCAGAAAUGCAACGUUUGUGUCUGAAUGGCUUAUCCUCAUAAAACUUAAAACCACACUGUCAAUGGAUAAGCAUACAAACUAAAUCCCCACGACCUGUUCUGCCUUCUCUCACUCUAUCUUUUCCUUAGGUCACCUUUAUUAUUCCACUUAUCUCAGCCCAUAUUAUCUACACUACAACCUAUUAUUAUUAUUACUAUUGGGCUUUUGUGAAUACACCGAAUGACCAACGGGAGUUAGGUCAAACUCCAUUCACGGCAGCAAUACAAUCCUAACAUACUGCAUACUACGAACCACAUCUUGACCAAUUCCCGCACCACUCCUCUUGGAGUCUACCAGAGCCAUAGCAGUCGAGUGGCAGGACUUACUACGCAGAAGCUCACCGAAGAUCUGGAACCUCCACCUCAAAAUCAAGAAGCGAGCUCAAAGAAAUCACUGGUUUAUGCUAGAUCGUAAUCAGGAUAUUGGAUAUUGAAGCUCUCCGAAUUUAUGUUGGACGUUGGAUGACCUAGACAGCUCACUUUCGAAAAAUGACGGCUGAUGUCCUGAAGUCUUUGCCUCCUGAUGUGCGUACUUUGAAAUUGACAGGGCAUGUCGGUUUUGACAGUCUUCCAGACCAGCUAGUUAAUAAGGCUAUUAGCCAAGGGUUCGUUUUCAAUGUACUAUGCGUUGGAGAAACUGGUAUCGGAAAGUCCACUUUGCUAGAAACGCUGUUUAAUCAGAAGUUUGACUUCAACCCCUCACCCCAUGAUCUGACAGAUCCAAAACUAAAGGCUGUUACUUAUGACCUCAAAGAAGCCAAUGUUAAGCUAAAAUUAACAGUGGUAGAAACUUGCGGAUAUGGUGACCAGAUUAAUCAGGAUAACAACAUAAAACCUAUUGUGGACUACAUUGAUAAUCAGUUCGAAAACUAUCUCCAGGAAGAGCUAAAAAUGAAAAGAUCUAUGCACACAUUUCAUGAUACCAGGGUCCAUGUGUGCCUUUAUUUUAUCGCACCUACAGGACACAGUUUAAAGUCCAUCGACUUGGUUGCAAUGAAAAAACUGGAAAAUAAAGUUAAUGUUAUCCCCAUCAUUGGAAAAUCCGAUACCAUUACAAAGUCUGAACUACAAAAGUUCAAAGCAAGAAUUCUCAGCGAGAUACAAUCCAACGAAAUCGGUAUUUACCAAUUUCCUACUGAUGAUGAAGCUGUUAGUGAAACUAACAGUCUUAUGAAUCAACAUAUCCCAUUUGCUGUCGUGGGUAGCUCAGAAGAGACUAAAAUUAAUGGCAAGACAGUACGUGUACGACAAUAUCCAUGGGGUGCAAUUCAAGUGGAAAACGAAAACCAUUGUGAUUUUGUUCGACUUCGAGAGAUGCUGUUGCGUGUGAAUAUGGAAGAUUUACGUGAACGUACUCACGGUGUCCACUAUGAAACGUACCGACGUCAACGUCUAAUUGAAAUGGGAUUUCGUGAUGAUGAGAAAAUGUCACUUCAAUGAAAUUUUUGUUAGUUCAUUAACCAUUAAAGGUAGAAACCUCACUCAGAUGGGGUAUCAACAAACUAACCUGGAUUAAUCACUAGGUAGUCUAGGAAUUAAACUGCAAGAUCAACUAAUUUUCAUACAGGCUUUGAAGUAUGUGUUAAUAUUUGUAUUUUUAUUUUGACAUAUCGUCGCACGUGACUGUUUUUACCUACUAAUUCACUUAUUACUGUUGAUUCUCGUAAGUAGUUUUCUGGCUGUCCAUGUUGUAGGCAUAAAAUGAAUGUCUGGUAAGUCAUUUUAACCUUUGAUUUUUCUUUUUUCGGAAAAGAAUAAAUUCAAACAAAAAUGUCUGGUUGCUAAAGCAGUACUACUGAUUAUUAUAUCUGUCUGUCUAUUUUCGACAUAGAACUUUGCACCAAAGUGCGGCAGUUCAAGUUGCCACACUCCAUGUAGCACACGAAGCAACAGGAGAAAGUAGAAGAAAUGCAUAACAGAGACAGUAAACAGAGGUGUGAGACAAAGGAAUAAUAGUAACGAAGAGCAAAACAGUUUCAUUGGAAAUCAUAAGUCACAAGGAGUGGAUGCAUCUGCGCCAUUGAGAACGAUUUUGAGCCAUAUCACCAAUUGUUCCCAACCAUUGAUUUUUACCGUCCCGAGGACCCCAGCCUGGAAGUCUACAUCUUCCUACGUGGCUUAGACUAACUGUUAUAGAUUUCAUUGACUGGUGCCAUGUUUUGGUUUGACCGCCGCUAGCCAAACAUUCAUAGAUUGCAGCUCAAUGUGUUCAGAAGACUCUGCUCUAUUUUGUCAUCGUCCUCGCCUAAAAGGACUAUGUCGUCUGCAUAUUCUAAGUCAACGAGACUAUUCCCUGGUAACAAGUCAAUCCCUGCGUUGCUGAAGUGAGUUAGGGUUAAGUCCAUUAGUACAUCUAUGAUGAAAUUGAAUAGAAAUGGGGAUAAUUGGCAUCCCUGACGGACACCACUAGUCGUCACCAGUUCAGAUGACAACUCGACGUAAGCCCUCACCUGGCUGCAUGAGUACGAGUAGAGUGCCUUGAUCAGUGCAAUAUAUUUUCUCGGAGUUCCCUUUACAGCCAAGCAUCGCUAGAGAACUUCUCGGUCGACAGAGUCGAAUUCCGCCUGUAGGUCAAGAAAUAUAAUGACUG